AUGCCGCUCGAAGUACAACUUCAGAUCUACGACUACGCUCUCAGUGAUCCCGACCUCUGGGAUCGUCGUCACCGUCCCGGAUGCGACCUCUGCCCCCUCACACAACAAGAGAUGAAUCAGCCGCCCUUCAUGUGGCACCGCGUCGUCGUCGACGCCGUCCCCAAGCCCGGAAAGGGGGAACAGGUCGCCCUGAGCAGCAUUCACGGGCUUCCAAAAGCCUUCUCCCUGGCCAAAACAUGGACGGCGUGCGACUGCGGCAAGCGCCGCGGUAUCCACCUCUUGCGCACCAACCGCCACAUCUUCAGCGUCGCGGCGCAUAUGCUCUGGUCGCGCGGGAACUUCUGCUUUUUUGACGCGACCGAGUUCGCCGCGUGCGUGGAAGCCACCUCGCCGGGUACGCGAGCCCUCAUCCGCGGCGUCAGCAUAAUGUCGUUGUCAAACGGGAGCGCCCUUGAUUCGCGCGUGUGCCUUCGAAGCCAAGGUGACAACGGGCUAGACCGUCCGAGUGCCGUGUACCCGUGGGAGGACCGGUGCUUGCCCGAAUUCUGGCUAGCACUGCAGCUCCUGCCGAUGCUGAAAUACCUGAGCAUCCCGCACCUAUAUCUCAGUGUCUUUCAUACCAUUACUGACGAUCUAUUCUUCAAGACAAAGGCGUACUUGGCGCGACUGGGCUACAUGUACUUUACAUGUUUAGCCCUGACUCCUAGAGAUUGGGGCUUAUACCCAGGCUACAUUCACGGUUACGAUAACUUCUGGGCCGCCUUCUUCAGCGGCAGGACCUUGGCAUCGCUAUAUGGCUUUUCCGAACGUGUUGAUACGACCACAUGGCUCGACGGUAUUACGAACCUUGACCCUCGUGAUGCUCUCGACCAUAGAGUAGCUCUGAUCCUGUCACAAUACCUCGUGGGUCGAACAACUCAGGCUACGCGAAUGCAGGCGAUGGAGUGGGACAGUACAACGAUCGCGGGAAAACACUGGUUGCGCCCGCAAACUCGCGUCAUUGCCGGCGGCGGAACCACCACCGUGUCGCUUGAUGACACGGGUACAUUGAAAGUGGCAGUCAAAUUUUAUAACGCGCCUCUAUCAAGAGACGCCUGUGUGAAUAGCAAUCUAGCAUUGGCGAGUCAACGUGCCGAGCUUGAAAGGCUGGGUAGGAAGUUUGAGGCAGGCCAAAGGAAACGAAAACUAGCACGGGAGGAAAUGAUUUGCCGUUUCAAAUCUUUGCCCUCGUACGAUACAUACACCUUGAGAAAGAUGGUAGUUAAACUCAGGGUCCCUAAGCCCAUCGUUGAGCCGCCGCCGACUAAGAGGGUGCGGACCAAGAAGAAUCGACGUGGGUAUCAGAAGAGGGGCAAUCGGCAGGAAUGA